AUGAUCAAUCACCUCUUCUACUCGGCCAAUGGCAACCCACUCAUCGACAACCAGCGGAGAGGCCAGGCACAGGCCUUGGGCGGCGAAGAAGACUAUGGGGGGGAGGGGAUCAACUUUGAAGACAUCGAUGAAGAUGAGGAUGGAGGAGAGCACCAUCCCUUCUACCUGCCCCAGGGCAUCACCGAAAUCGACGAUUCUGAGCUCGAGGAGUUGCUCUACUCCUCCGAAGAUGAGGAUUCUG